UCCUGUCAGCUUGAAGCGUUUCCUGCUCCUGGGUCCGUGUCAGUGGAGACCAGCCCGGAACCACAGACCAGCCCGGAACCACAGACCAGCCCGGAACCAGAAUCAGCCGAGCCGGGUGUCGAGCAGAGGCCCGCACACUGUGAGGCUCCGUUACCGGAAACAGCGGGACAACGCGGGAGGAUGGCGAAGACGUACGAUUAUCUGUUCAAACUGCUGCUGAUCGGUGACAGCGGCGUCGGUAAAACCUGCCUCCUGUUCCGGUUCAGCGAGGACGCGUUCAACACCACGUUCAUCUCCACCAUCGGAAUCGAUUUUAAAAUCAGGACGAUCGAUUUUGAGGGAAAGAAAAUCAAACUUCAGAUCUGGUGAGCCAAUGGGAAGAGUCCGUUUGAGAGUUUGACGCCACACGUGUACAAAGAUGAGACGUCCUCUGUGUUUGUCCCGCAGCACGCGUCCUCAGACGUGGAGCGAAUGGUUCUGGGAAACAAAUGUGACAUGAACGACAAGAGACAAGUGUCCAAAGAAAGAGGAGAGAAGUUGGCGAUCGACUACGGAAUCAAGUUUUUAGAAACAAGCGCAAAGUCCAGCAUCAACGUGGAGGAGGCCUUUUUCACACUCGCCAGAGACAUCAUGAUGAGACUAAACAGAAAGAUGAACGACAACAACCCACCAGGUGGCGCUGGUCCAGUGAAGAUCACAGAGUCUCGCUCUAAAAAGAGUUUCUUCAGGUGUUCGCUGCUGUAGACGGAGCCUUCGUCCUCCUCCUCCUCCUCCUCCUCCCGCUGCAGCAGGAGGAACAUCAGAACUGUGGAAACAUGAAGAACCAAACAGGCUCCUCCUCCUCGUCGCUCUCUCAGGUGAAGAAGAGUAAAGAAAGAGAACGUAAGUGAUGAAGAUGCAGAGCUUUGUUUAAAGUUUUAUAUUUUCUAAGUUUAUUAUUUUCUUUCAUAGUUUAAAAGUUUCAGCACUGAAUUUAUUUUUCAAAGAUCGAAGCCUUAAAGGAUCAGAAACGUCAGAUUCUAUUC